UCAAUUCGAUUCAAAACUGAAUACUAAGUCUUCGUUCUGUUUCUUGAAUUUCCCUUUCCAAUAUUACCAAAUAAAAAGCAGAAAGAUAUCAAGUUAAGAUUUAGCUGUACCGGGAUUCACCAGAAUAAACAUCCCACCACCAGCGAUGUCUUUGAGUGAAAGUCGGAGGAAAAGGAGCGGCUCACCGGUCCGAUCAGUUGUUGACGACUAUUUGCCCUAAACCCUUCACCAACCACCACAACGUCGAGAGCUCGCGUUCACCAGGAGCGAUGAGCAAGCCAGCAAAGCCAAAGGCUGUCCAAGGACAGCAUGCGGGAGCGUACAAGCCUGAAUCAGUCAAGGAUGUCGCCGAAUUCUUGAACAUAACAAUCUCGGAUUCUGUCGCCUCGUCGUUGGCCAGUGAUGUCGAAUAUCGGCUGCAUCAGGUUAUUGAGGAAGCAGCUCGAUUCAUGCGGCAUGGACGGCGAACCAUGAUGACCACAGUUGACAUCGACCAAGCAUUUCGCGUCCUCAACCUCGAGCCACUGUACGGUCAUACCCCACAUAAUCCCCCGACUUUCCGACGUGCGCCGGCAUUUUCGCAUAUGCCUGCUGCUGGGCCCGUUUAUUUCGUGGAGGAUGAAGAGAUCGAUUUCGACCGUGUUUUGAGGGAAGAGAAGAUAUCUCUGUUGCCAGGCGUGAAUUGGGCGGCACAUUGGUUGGCAGUGGAAGGCGUCCAACCUCUUAUACCAGAGAAUCCUCCCGCUAUUCCGCGCGAUAUUGACCAGGAAGGCGGGAAGUCACCACCUCGAAUGAACGGGACAACAGCGCCAACCGUACCCGCAACGACCAAAAAACAGCAACAGCAGCAACAACAACAGCAACAGCUUGUCAAGCAGGUUCUGUCACGCGAGCUGCAGCUGUACUACAGUCGUCUCACUUCUUCCCUGCUUCCCCCAUCUCCGGACUUCACCAAACGGACAGCGGCACUAGCCAGCCUAAAAAACGACGCAGGCCUGCAGGCGCUGCUUCCUUAUCUCAUCAAGUGGGUCGGCGAAGGAGUGGUGGGUGCACUCAAGGAUGGGUCGCAGAGCGAACAAGAUGGCCGUGUGCUCGAGGUGCUCCUCGACGUCAUCAGUUCACUUAUGGAGAAUAAAACGUUGUUCGUCGAACCAUAUCUCCACCAAAUACUUCCGCCCAUACUUUCUACCCUGCUUCACUCUUCUUUGCCCCCUACUCAUGCGACAUAUCUCCGUACAUCAGCGUCCCAGACGUUAUCACGACUGCUUACUCAACACUCGACAACAUACCCUUCACUUUCACCCAGGAUAAUGAAAACACUUCUCUUAGCUCUCAUAUCGCCGAACAAGAGCAAAGGCACCCGUGAAGGCGCUAUACGUGGCCUCAUGGGCGUAGGCAAGGAGGCUGUCAGAAAAGGCCUUGUAGAUGGUGGGGGCGCGAGAGUGGUAGGCAGCGAAUGCGGUGGUCCAGACUCCGCAUCGCUGAUAGAUUCUGUUAUGGCUGCCUUUGAGGUUCUACAACCUCGCUCUGAUAUGGCGGACACGCUGGAUAUGACACAAGAAGAAGACUUUGCUUUAAGAAGCAGGUUGCGGGAGGUUUUAGGCGACUUUUUUGCCGAAAGAAUCUCAGGCGACGCCGCCUGGUCCCGGGGAAUCCUUGGAGCGAGCAAUGAGACUUGAUAUCAGAGGAUUCUUUUGCAUAUUCUGCUCCCUCUUUGUGGUUGCGUGUUAGUGUAUCGUGUAUGACUACUAAUCUUUUAUUCGCAGUAUCAUUGUAUCACUUCUCUUGACUCUAUCACUCUUAUUUUAGACUCUCAAAGCCGAGGCGUCAUUCGUCACGCAGGGGCGUUUGUUUGAUUCAGCACGGUACCAUCACACAUUGAUUGU